AUGGGAGACGGAGACAGUAGUACAUUUGGGGAACAAUUUUCCAGGCUUGCUGGAAUUAUGUUCAUUUGGAGCACAAUUCAGCAGCUAAUCCCUCAAAGUGUUCGUCUAUUUUUGGAUAAAUUAUGGUCCAAAUUGUUUGGUUUCUACUACCCAUAUGUUCAUAUCACAUUCCAUGAAUACACGAAAGGCAUCUACAAUGAUGCCUACACUUCUAUCGCAACUUACCUUGGUUCUACCCAUUCCGGAAUGCAAUCAACCUAUCUUACCGGCGAUAAGUCCGAAGACAGCAAAUCGUUGAUUCUCAACUUGGAUGAAGGUCAGGAAAUCAUUGAUGAGUUCAAUGGAGUUCACUUUCUAUGGCGGGCUUGCAAAGAAAAGGUUGAAGAUAAUUCGUCGUCCAGGCGAGGAAUUAUGAGUGGUAUUCCACAAGAGAAGAACUCCUAUGUUCUUGUAUUUCACAAGAAGUACAGAGAUAUGGUUACAAAGACUUAUUUGGAUCAUGUGAUUCAGGGAGGCAAGGAAAUUGAGCUCAAUAAUAGACAAAGGAAGCUAUAUACAAACAGAAGUAGUGAAGAUUGGUUCUGGUUUGGAGGUAAGUGGAAUUAUAUCAACUUCCAUCAUCCUGCGACAUUUGAUACUCUGGCUAUGGACCCUUUGAAAAAGCAAGAAAUCAUCAGUGAUCUUGAUGCUUUUAAGAAAGGGAAAGCGUAUUACACGAAGAUUGGCAAGGCCUGGAAGAGGGGUUAUCUUCUUCAUGGUCCUCCAGGAACAGGGAAAUCAACAAUGAUUGCAGCCAUAGCCAAUUAUAUGGAGUAUGAUAUCUAUGAUUUAGAGCUCACAUCAGUGAUUAAUAACUCUGAGCUUAAGCAGCUUCUGAUUGACACCAGGAGUAAGUCCAUCAUUGUGAUUGAGGAUAUUGAUUGCUCAAUUGAUCUCACUGGAAAACGUAAGAAAAAAGAAGCCAGCAAAAGUGAAGAAGAAGAGAUGGAAUCUGGACAGGAAGAUAAAAUUGACAAGGACAGCAAGAGCAAGCUUACACUUUCCGGGGUGCUGAAUUUUAUUGAUGGAAUAUGGUCAGCUUGUGGGCAAGAGAGGAUCAUCAUAUUCACCACAAAUCAUGUCGACAAACUCGACCCGGCUCUGAUUCGCAGAGGACGAAUGGACAUGCACAUUGAAAUGUCUUACUGCAAAUUUGAGGCAUUCAAAAUAUUGGCUAAGAAUUACUUGGACAUUGAUUCACACCCUCUCUAUGGUGACAUCAGGCAAUUGUUAGAGGGAAAUGAUGUUCGUCCCUGCGAUGUGGCCGAAAAUUUGAUGCCGAAAACUAAUCCUGGAGAUGGUGAGCAAUGCCUGAGGAACCUAAUUCAAGCCAUCAAUGCUGCCAAAGAAGAAACAAGAGUAAGAGGGAAAAGAGGAACACUAGCAAAAAGGUUGAAAGAGACAUUCUUGAGUAAAUCCACCUUCAAGAAAUCUGCUACCAAAGUUUGACAAAGUAGUAAUGCUCUUAGUUUAGAUGCAAAUUCUGUAAUUCUGUUGUUUAAUUGUCUUAUGCAUUGAAUUUUGAUUUGACAUGAAAAAUAUCAAGAUCAAAGGUGUUAAUUUUGUUCAAUUGGAAUAAAAUCAAGCAUGUAUCAUAUUUUUACUCAUUCCCAUCGUUGACUUCACAAUUCGACGAGUCAAACGGAUUAAGUGUAGUUCUCUGUAAACUCAGGAGUGAUAGUUUCUCUCCCUGGUUGUUAUCCUUCUUUCUGGGACACAAAUGUAUUCUAAAUCAAAUUAUAUGUUGCAAAAAAGCCAGUUUUCUAAAUCGAAACUACAAUGUCUCCG